AUGUCGAAUAACACACCACAAAUCCCACCACUUAAAUCAGACUUCAUGACAAAGCUCAAACAAAUCAUUGUGGCCAUCCCAAACAGCGAGUUGAUUAUGAAAGGGAGGUACAAAGAAGUUUUCGAGACUCAAAGUUUUGAAGAAUUUUUACUCAAAAUGGUCGCAGCCGCCCGAGAGUUCAUGGGUUCAACGAGCAUAGACAGCGAAACGAAAUUUAACCUCUUUUUUUCGUACCAUUACUACGUUGAUCUCCUUUGUGAAUCGAUGGCAGAUAAGUCUGUAUCAUUCAGCCAGAUGAAUCUUUUAGCUCAAGUCAAAACACCACUACCAACUAUCUCACCAAAGAGUGACAACGACUCACAACAAUUGCAACUUACAGCACCACAACAAGAAGUUAUGGAAACUCCAACUGAGGCUACAACACCAAGUCACGCGGUACUCAUUGAGCUCCUCACUUCUGCAUCAGAAGAACAACUCGAGAAAGUCUUACAAAUAGUGUCCCCACAAAACAGUGACUGGUGCAUUGGGAUGGACAUCGCUUCGAUGUCGGCUGAUGUUUUAGAACAGGUCUCGGCUGUAUUAACGUCUGCUUAG